AUGUCCGGCCCCGCCCCGACCUGGUGGCGGCUGACUCAGUUUCACCUGAAACUCCGCGGGAGGCAGCUGCCUGGGUCCGAAGGACUUGUGGUCGGGGAGAGUCGCUCUGGGGGCACCAGGAUCGGCCCCACCCCGUCCCACUCACCUGCGCAGGUCCCAGACACCCUCAGAGCACAGAGCAACACUAGAAAGGUGACCCUCCUUGGGAGGAAGGUGAUCCUCCCCGGGAGGAAGAUGACCCCCAGACUUGGAUGCCCCGAGGCUUGGAUCACUACGACCCUAUGGCUCCUGGUGACGUUCAGCCUUCCAGCCUCGAUGACUGGGCAGCCACCUGUGGCCCCUGGGAAACCGGCUGGCUCUACCUGCUUGGAACAGUAUACAGUUGGGGUACCAGACUUUGUACUGGACACAGACGCCUCUGUUAGCAAUGGGGCUACUUUCCUGGGCUCCCCCGAGGUGCGCAGGGGCUGGGAUUGUGUCCGUGCCUGCUGUUCCACUCCAUCCUGCAACCUGGCCCUGGUGGAACAGAAGCCAGGCGAGGGUGAGGACGCCAUCUCUGCCUGCUUCCUUCUCAACUGCCUGUAUGAGCAGACUUUUGUUUGCAAGUUCUCCAGAAAAGAGGGUUUCCUUAACUACCUUACGCGGGAUGUUUACCAGUCCUACCGAGAGCUGAGGAAACAAGGCUUCGGAGGAGCUCGCCUUCCCAAGUCCUGGGCUGGCAUGGAAAUAAAGGUGCAACCUCAGGAGCCUUUGGUGCUCCAGGGCACAGAAAAUACCGAGUGGCACCUUCUCCAGGGAGAUGCCAAUGUGAAGGUGGAGAAAAAAGAUACAGAUCAUCUAGAGCUCUCACAGUUAAAGGAGGGGACUUACAUCUUUCAGUUGACUGUGAAGGACUCUGACCAAAAGCAGGAUACUGCCAAUUUCACGAUCACCGUCCUAUCACCUAAGCAGACAGAAGAAUACUGCCUGGCACCCAAGAAGGUGGGCCGUUGCAGAGGCUCUUUUCCCAGAUGGUUCUAUGACCCCACUGAGCAGCAAUGCAAACAGUACGUCUAUGGUGGUUGCCUUGGCAACAAGAACAACUACAUUCGGGAGGAGGAGUGCAAGAUGGCCUGCAAAGAUGUACAAGGUCCUUCGAUCCAAAGGCAACAUCCAGUGUGCUCUGAAGCCUGCCAGCCCUCGCAGUUCCGCUGUCGUGAUGGCUGCUGCAUCGAUGGCUUCCUGGAGUGUGAUGACACAGCUGACUGCCUGGAUGCCUCAGAUGAGGCUACUUGUGACAAGUAUACCACAGGCUUCCAUGAGCUCCAAAGCAUCCACUUUCCUAGCAACAAAGGACACUGUGUAGACUUGCCGGAAACAGGGCUGUGCCAAGAACGUAUUCCUCGAUGGUACUAUAACCCCUUUGUUGAGCGUUGUGGUCUCUUCACCUAUGGAGGUUGUGGCGGCAACCAGAAUAACUUCCCAGAUGAGGAAAAAUGUCUCAAGUCCUGUGAAGGCAUCUCUAAGAAAGAUGUGUUUGGCCUGAGGCGGGAAUCCCUGCAUGGAAACUCAGGUUCUAUGGAGGUGACUGUGGCCGUGCUGCUGGGGAUCUGUAUUCUGAUUGUGGUCGCCAUCCUAGGCUAUUGCCUCUUCAAAAACCAAUUGAACAGAAGCCUCCGACGCCAUCAUCCCCUUCAUCACCACCGCCCUCCUCCAAUGCCAACCAGCAACCCGAUCUCCACCACUGAGGACACGGAGCACUUGGUCUACAAUCAUACCACCAGACCCCUCUGAGCCGGGGGCUUCCCUGGGUGCUGUGGGCCAAGAGUUCUGGCCAGCUCUAACUUGACUUUGUCCCCUCCUUAGUUUCUGUCCCCAUCACGAAUGAAGGACAGGACAGAGAAAGAUUGGGCUCGGGGUCACUCGCCCUGUUCCCUAACCCCGUUCUGCCUUGGACCCUAAAUCUCCUGCCCCCAUCUUGACAGAGCUGCCUUGGCCCUGGAGCUGGAAACACAGUUGGCAUUGCAGGAGACUUGAGUAGGCAACAGCAGACAGCACGCCCUUGCUCAGGAGGUCAUGCCAACUUCUGAGGACUAGGGAAAGUUGAGAUUCUCUUUCCUUUUCAAAAUGGUCUGUGAUUCUACCCUUUCCCCUACUUCCCCAGAGCUCUCAGCUCCUACAGGGUAGAGGACAAUGGGGGUGGGGUGGAAGCUGCCCCUGCCCUCAGGGACUGUCCCUUUCUCCCUUAUUACCUCAUUAUGUUCCCUCUCCCCUACCCCUCCCAGUCCUGGGCACUACCCUGCCCGGGCUGUACAUUUGUGCUAUAAACAGUAUGUAUUUGUUUAUUUAAUGAGUAGGGACUGGAACCUGUGUCUCCGUCCCUUUCUCUAAAUCUACUUCCUUUUCUGGACCUGAAGAGGGGUGGCAGCUGUUAAUCUGAAGGACUGGGCUUGAACAUAAUGGUGUGUGUCAAAGGGCUGGGUGGACAAGGAUGGGUAAAAACUGCCUCCUUCUUCCCUUGGUCUCUUCCUCAGUGAAGGAAGGGAUGGUCAUUUCCUCCAGGGGGGGUCCUCAUCCCCCCACUGCCCAGUCUUUGCCACCUCUUCCCUCAUUGUAAUAAAAACCUUUGGGUCCGA